UGCCAUGUAGGAUUUCUGACAGAGGCUGUGUAGCUGGGCUCCGCGGGGGAGAACAAGCGAGAGGGAGAGAGAGAGAGGCGGGGGAUUGCAAAUAGGGAAUAACAUUUGAAAAGAGCCACGUAAUCGAGCCUUUUUAAAAGUUGUCGUCCGUUAGAAGAGUGCGAGGAUGUCGGUGGCCGGGUUGAAGAAGCAGUUUUACAAAGCGAGUCAGCUUGUCAGUGAAAAGGUUGGUGGUGCAGAAGGAACCAAGCUGGAUGAAGACUUUAAAGAAAUGGAGCGGAAAGUGGAUAUUACCAGCAAAGCUGUGGCUGAUGUCCUGACAAAAACCACCGAGUACCUUCAACCGAAUCCAGCAUCCAGAGCUAAACUAACCAUGCUGAACACUGUGUCAAAGAUUCGUGGUCAGGUAAAAAAUCCAGGCUACCCUCAACCAGAAGGACUUCUCGGAGAAUCCAUGAUAAAAUUUGGGAAGGAUCUGGGUGAAGAAUCAAAUUUUGGAGGUGCACUUAUUGAUGUUGGUGAAUCGAUGAAAAGGAUGGCUGAGGUUAAAGAUUCCCUGGAUAUUGAAGUCAAACAGAACUUCAUUGAUCCCUUACAAGGUCUAUGUGAUAAAGAUUUCAAAGAAAUUCAGCAUCACUUGAAGAAGUUGGAGGGUCGACGCCUGGACUAUGACUACAAGAAGAAACGACAGGGUAAAAUCCCUGACGAAGAGAUCAAACAAGCCAUGGAGAAAUUUGACGAGUCCAAAGAAGUGGCAGAAACUAGCAUGUACAAUCUUUUAGAAACCGAUAUCGAGCAAGUGACUCAAAUGUCAGCCCUCGUGGAAGCACAACUCGACUAUCACAAACAGGCUGUGCAAAUUCUGGAGGAACUGUCUGAUAAGCUAAAGGAGAGGAUACGGGAUGCCUCUGGUCGCCCCAAACGUGAAUAUCAGCCCAAACCAAGAAGCAUUUAUACAGAAUAUGGAGAUACAGACCAUUCCAAUGGAGGUUUCUCCUAUAGCGGGUCAACAAAGUCACAGGCCUCCUUCCGUUCAGACAAGCCUAAUAGGACGCCAGCCAGCGGAUCCCCCUCACAUCUAGACCAGCCAUGCUGCAAGGCGCUAUAUGAUUUUGAGCCAGAGAAUGAAGGAGAACUUGGCUUCAAGGAAGGUGACACCAUCACAUUGACCAAUCAGAUCGAUGACAACUGGUAUGAAGGAAUGCUGCAUGGUCAAUCAGGUUUCUUCCCUGUCAACUAUGUGGAUGUGCUGGUCCCAUUACCUCAGUGAAGAUGCUGAACUGGACACCAGAUCCAGAUGUGGAGAGAGGGAGACUUUCAACAUUCCUAUUAAUUUAAAACACUAGUCCACUUCCAUGGGUUGUUUCUCACAGUGCAGUGUUACAUUGCGUGCAAUGCAUCAUCAUUUUAUUUUUGAAUUGACAAAUGUUUGUUCUAUGUUAAUGUAAGUGCAGCUCCAAUUACUCAGCAUGUAUUGCAAUAUGGUUGUGAGAGGUCAGCAUCUUUCUGCAAGCUGUCCAGUUCUAGCUAAGUGAAAGGGCUUAUGUUAGGCAUUUGCGUUGCAAAUGAAACGGCUGUGAUAGUUAUUGCUCCCAGUGUAUGAAGUGCCCUUUCUACACUGCUCAUCCAUUAAAUUAGUCUCGAUUGCACAGUUGAUGCAUGUGAUCAUUUUAAACACAUUUUUGUAAUUACUGUGGUUCCCAAUUCAUAUGAACAUAGGGGUUAUAUUGAUGUAACUCGCAGUGUACAAUGACUUGGGUUGUGCAGUGGUUCAGACCCUAGCCUUUCAAUUCUGAUCUGAGCUUCUAUUCAGCCUGAACAGAUAGGGUGGUUUUCUCCUCUGUCUGCGAAUAAAAAGAUCAUAUCUAAAAUUAGCUUGGCCAGGCUGAAUCCAAUAUCCGCAGCAGUAAGCUGGCAAUCAUUGUAUUCCAUAGAAUGAGAGUGUGGCUGUUGUGGGAAUUGGACAACCAUCACACUAAUGUAGUAGGGGAUGCAGCUCUGAGGCUGGAAGAAAGUGAAUAGUUAGUCAUGUAGAGAGCUUAACCUUGCUGUACCUAACUACUGUGACACUGGAUGUCUAAAAUGGAAAGUAUCCAAGUGGUGGUGAUAGCCAUUACAACUGAAGCCAUGAAUUUAACAGGCAUUCUUUGUCUAACCCACCACUGCCUUCUAUUUUCCCAUGUUUACAUUAACUAUCCACUGUGGAAGAUCCUAAGUUUAAGAUGUGACUCAAAACAGGACUUUUAUCCCUCUCUAUUUUAGACUUAAUUAUUUUUCCAGAAAAAUCCUGUCCGCUGGUUCGUGACAGAUGUUUUUUCCUCCCUCUCAAGUUACGACCUCGUAUAAUUGGCAGGGGAACUUAGUGCUUUUGUUGAAAUCAAUCACUAGCUUUCUUAGAACAGGGAGAAAGGAAUACAAGCCAGGUUUCUGCUCAUGUUCAUUAUCUGGCUGAUGAAGGUGUUUGCAGUGGCCGGGGUGAGGAGAGUAUGGAAUUAUUCAAUGCUGUGAUAACCGCCAAAGACACACAGUCCAUUGACUCAGAAAUGAAGAGUAAUAGCUCCUUGAAUGAGGUUCUGGAAAGUGUCUGGUGUGCUUUGAAUCGCACAACAGCAAGAAUCAACACUUAGAAGAAAGGAGGAAAAUGAGGAGGGGACAAGCAUUAUUUUUUAAAAAUCAUUUCAACAACCAACCUAGCCAUCAAAUAGUUUGGACUUAUCGGGUGGGCUGAACAUUUAGCAACCAUCCCUGCAGCCCAACUCCUACCCCGUCUCAUCCGCUCUCCAAUCAUUGUUAAAUUGCAGGCCUGUAAAGACCUUUUGCUGAGGUUGAAGAUUUCUUGCCACUAAAAUGGUGAAGUCUCAUUCAUGACUUUUGAGCAAUUUGCACAUCAAAGCUGGUGCUAUGAAUACCAUCCUAUGUUGUAAACGCAAUAAAUUUGGAAUUGUCCCAGAUCUGUCAUAUAAUGAGGCACAAUUCAGUCUUUCAGUGGAGAGGGUAAGCAAGGGGUUCCUCUCUCACAUUCUUUGACUUUCCUAAGCCCUUGUCCUGUUGCUGCUGAAUCUGCUUUAUAGAUCAAAAAAAGAUCUGCACAGGAACAAUUUAAAAUUCUGACUUGUCCUUCACCCUCUGUUUUCUCUUAACAAACAUGUAGAUAACUGGAAUGAAUUUUGUGUUCUGAGAGACUUGAAAUGUUCCCACUGUAAUUUUCUAUGGUCUAACUUUUAGCUCUCUUUGUUUAAUGAUGAGCAAAUUUAACCUUCUGGUAACACUUCCUGUUUUGACCUCCACGAUGUUGAAUGAUAACCUGGUACAACACGUGCAGUAUGUAUCUGGCAGGCAUGCUGUCACACUCCCAUAUUGACACUAGCUCUUUAACACUAAUCAUGAUGUACCAUGUAUCUGUCUAGUACUUUUUGAUAGUGUUGUCAACUCAUCGUGAACAUUAGAAGAUUGUGACCAUACCUGUACUAAUGCUUUAUGAAUUUGAUCUAUCUUUUGAUAAUUAUAAAAGCCAUGGGCUUAUAACUCAAAAUAUGUAUCUUUUUUACUGUUUAAUCCUGCAUGUAGAUUUAUGUUUAGUACAAUUAUAAACUAUGUAGUGUUUUGUUCAGAUUAUGUAAAGAAUAAACAAAUAGCAGGCGAUAA